AUGCGUGUCUUUACUCUAGGGCUAUUGCUCUGGCCAUCCCUGGUAAUGGGAUUCCCAGGCGCAGGCGAUAACCAUGGCCAUGCAACACACCAAGCCUUGCACAAGCGCUGCCCAUAUGCCGAUUCACAGGGUCAUCCCGAGAACAAGCAUGAUAAGCGAUUCCUUUUCGACUCCAUGAAAUCACCUGUUGAUGUCACUGGCGAACAUGCAUUCCAGCCGCCAAACUUCGAAAACGGUGAUCAACGUGGACCCUGUCCCGGUCUCAAUGCAUUGGCAAACCAUGCAUACAUUCCGCGUGAUGGAGUAGUAUCGUUCGGAAAUGUUAUCACAGCAAUCAACAAAGUAUACGGCAUGGGGGUUGAUCUAGCUACGAUCCUCGCCAUCAUGGGUACCGUGUGGACAGGUGAUCCGAUUUCACUCGAUCCCAGGUUUUCCAUCGGAGGUCGCGACACCGGUGUGAACAACUUGCUCAACAACUUGGGAGGAGUGCUGGGCGAGCCCCAGGGCCUCAUUGGAUCUCACAACUUCAUUGAAGCAGACUCAUCUAACACCCGCGAUGAUCUAUAUAUGACGGGUAACAGCCAUACGCUCAACAUGGAUAAGUUCAUGGCCUGGUACAACAUGUCUACUGACGGCACAUUCGACAUGGAUCUCAUGGCGAAACGCGCGAAGAUUCGCUUCGACGAGAGCGUUGCAACUAAUCCAGACUUUUACUACGGACCUGUCACAGGACUUAUCGCCCGCAAUGCUGGUUAUAUGUUCUCGGGUCGCUUGUUCCGGAACCAUUCUCGCGAAAACCCAGAGGGAGUCUUGACGAAGAGCCAUGUCCGAAGCUUCUAUGGCAUUUAUGGCGAUGAAGGCAAUCUGACCUACCGGGAAGGAUGGGAGAGAAUUCCUGAUAACUGGUACAAAACUCCUGUGGACUGGGGUCUCAUUCAGCUCAACCUUGACACCAUCGACUGGAUUCUUAAGUACCCUGAGCUUGGAAGUAUUGGAGGAAACACCGGAACAGUGAACUCUUUCACUGGAAUUGACCCCGCGGAUCUCACUGGAGGUGUUUUGAACUUGACCACUCUUCUUGAGGGCAACAACCUUCUGUGUUUCGUAAUGGAGGUCCUCAAAUUCGCCAGCCCCAACGCCCUCGGAGGAUUAUAUUCGACUUUGGCCGGGCCUUUGGAGUUUGUCACGAACAUUCUCUCCGUGCCGUUGCUGAACCUCACCUGUCCGGCAUUUGGGGACUUGCAAAUGGGAGGCAAGCCAAUCUGGGAAGCGCUGAAGGAUGAUUUCCCAGGUGCUCUGAAGAGUGGUCGUUUCUUCUAA